GACACACAACAUGGGCUGUCUGCGGUUGGUAUUCUUCACCAUUCUCAUAGCAACGGCUGCUUACGGUCAGACUGAAACCGAGCCGCCGACAACGGUGACCAGCAAAGCACCACCCACCACCACCCUGACUUCCACCUCUACCAUAGCGUGGGAGGAGACCCUGAACGAGGGACAGGCCAUUCAGAAGGCGCUCCAGUACCUGCUGCAGCACCGACAGCCGGAUUGGGGUUGGGGCAAUGACACACACCACGUCAUGCUCACUUUACAGUUGGCUAAUAACACGGGGAAGGAAAUAGAGCAGCAAGGUCUGGAGAUGCAGCUGUCAGCCAAGCAAAUGGAGAUCGAGAUUCUGCUCAUGAUGUCGAAGCACCACGAGUCACCGCCCCCGCUGGGACGGCUUGCCGCAUACACUUUAGCUUUGGGCGCCCUCUGCAAGGAUCCGCGCUCCUUCCACGGGCGGGACCUGGUCGCGGCCCUGUUACAUCGCGAACCUCCUCACGACCUGGAGUUUGCGUAUGCUACCUUGGCCGCCUGCUCUUCUGCAGCUCAUGUGCGUCGCCGUCAUAUUAGACGCCUCCUGGACAUCGCUAAUGCCGCGGCUGACCAUAGUUUAGACACGAUAUCCAUGGUGAUCCUGGCGCUCCGGUGUGUGGUGCAGGAUCACCGGCACCGCAGCCUGCUACACUUCGUGCGCCGCCCCAUGGCCGGCCUUGCGCGCCAGCAACACCCAGACGGCAGCUUCGGGUCUUUGACCACCACCGCGCUGGCUAUACAGGCAUUGGAGGACUCGGACAGCGGGCCGGGCGCGCACCAGCACUGGAGCCUGCCGUCGGCCCGCAAGUGGCUGCUGGAGCGGCAGCGCGCCGACGGCGGGUGGGGGGAUGUGGCCAACACCGCCGCCGCCGUCGCCGCCCUCACGCCCGCCUCCCUCGCCGCCGUGCGCCCGCCGCACUGCAGCGACAAGCUGCUGGACAGCCGCCACGAGCCCCUAGACAGCAACGGCGGUGAUGGCAGCCUGAAGUUGGCGUACCAAUCGGGACAGACCGCCAACGACUCUGAAGCUAGGAACGUGUCUUUCACCUAUACGCUGUGGCUCGGCACCAACGUCACGGAGAACUUCACGCUGCACAUGGUCGCGCCAAGAAACAUAUCCUUCUACCACGUGAUGCAAAUGGCCGCCGAGCAGAACCCCAAGUUCAAGUUCGAGGCGAGCGAGUGGCCCAACGGCCACUACGUGCACACGCUCGCGGGCCACAAGGAGGAGCCCAUGGGCUACCACUACUGGCUGCUGUACCGCCUGCCCGAGACGCCCGACCCCGCCGCGCCGCCCGGCAACCAGCUCGUGGCGCCCGUCGGUGUGGAUGACUUACUAGUAGAAGAUGGGGAACAUUAUCUCUUCUGGUACAAGAAGCUGUAAUUCCAUCGGUGUGUGCCUCUCCAAUAACGUCGACUCAACUUUUAUACGUAGUAGUAUUUGUUUCUAUCGAAAACCUUCCUCCAAUAAGUUUCACUUCAUCCAAUUAAAUAUCAAGAUUCGUAGCUAACUUUAUAGAUGCAUUAAAUUCUUAAUAAAAUCUUGUAUCGUAUAAUGGAAGUUGGUCUACUAAAAUAGCAAUAAAAAUAUCGGUUUAAUUAUUCCAGUCUUUAGAAGAGUGCUUUAUUAAGUGUAACGUGUCUCUCUGUAAACUAAAUUCAAUUACCUAUUAAAUUGCUCUAAUAAAUACUUCAAUAGUGUAAAUCGUCCUGCCACUUAUAGCACAAGCAUUAUUGUAGUUGAAAUAACACUUCAAUUGUUAACAAUAUCUUUAAGACUUUCUCAUUUCACUGAAUUAUCAGUUACGUGGAAGUAAGGUUACGAUGAGAAGAUCUUAAUAAAAAAAACUAUUCAUGUCAGAUAAUUCACUGAAGAUCUUUAAUGAUAGCUGAAAAUGGAAAUUUGUAACCAGCAUUCUCAAAGAAAGAAAGAAAUUUUAUUUGUAACAAUGUGCAAGAAAGAUGUUGUGAUAAUUAUCAGAUUAAUUUAAUUGGUCAAGAUUGAUUAAAAGAACAUUAAAAUACCGUUAAAGUAUUUGAGGCUUAAGAUAUCGUGUCAAUGACUUAUAAUAAUGAGACAGAUAAUGUUAAACCAAAUUUAAAUGAUGGUGCAAAUUUUAUGGAAAUGCAGCUAAAUGGUCAAGUAAAGUCAUGGCUGAAAGACGUAUGUCUUUAUCAAAUUUUGUCCAUUAUGGUGUCAACAAAUGUACUUUGGACAUUUUGAUUCUUAGAAACACUACGUGCUUGAACUAGUCAAGCACUGACGAUAUUAAUACAGUUUAACGUGCAUUGUCAAAUGAUGAUGGCGAAAUAAGCAUUUACGUAAACUUUUACCGUAUGUGGCACAAGGAAAUAUUCCGAUUCCAUACUCGAUGCAAAACCUCUCUUGCUGCGUACUGAUAACGCGCUCCAGGGAACGCCUAGUCGGUACACAGCUUUUAUAAGUUGUUUAAAGCGUGGAAUAAGUAACAAAUCACAUUGUUUGAUUAGUGAUUAAAUUGAUAAUUAUUUGAUACAUAUCGUAAGUAAUUAUCGUCAUGUUAAGGAACCAUUUUCACAAAGCUAUCGAGUACCAUCAUAGUUUGAUAUUUCCCUAGACUUAGGAGGAUCCAUUUUGAAUUGGAUCUGAUAGAAUAGAAGUUAAUUAGUGUAAGUUACUCAGCCAAAGAAAGAAUAGAUCUCUUAAAAAAACCGUUACUAUGGUUACGUGAGCUAAUUAACUUUUUAUGUGUAUGGCGGUAAGUAAGAUUCAUGUUUAUUAAAUUAUAAUUCUUAUGAAGACAGAAGCAAAUACAGUCACACUUUAUAGACAGAUCAGAUUUUCUGACAAGAUUUCAAUGUAGAAUAAAACCUCAAUUGCCGCAACACAUUAUAUAUUCCAUUUAUUGGAGAAGGGAACUUGUGAACAUUGAAUAUAAUAUUUUGACGACUUGAAGUGACAGAUUUGCUUAGUAAAGCGGGCUACCUACAUCCCUGCUGCAGGGGUAAUUUAGGGUGUUAGAGUGAGAAUGACCCUUAAUUGUGAUGUGUGUAGGCAAGCAGGGGCAAUUUUCUAGAUUGGCCCUGCGGUAGGACGACAGGAGCGCAAAACCAGCAUCGGUCCCUAAAUUGCCCCUGCCGCCCUGCACGAGGCCGCGUGUGUAGCGCGAUCGGGGCAACUUCUUAACCAGUUGGUUAGUAACUGUCACACGAAGUGCACGUAUUUCGAUUAAGAUAACGGCAGAUUAUAAUGAGUAUGAAGUUUGGACGCCAGUGAUAGAAUUAUAUGAAGACCGAUCCCACAUGCGGGAUUAAAAAACACAAACAUUAUUUAU